AUGUUUGCCAAAGCAUUUCACAGAGCCACCCACAGUGGAAGCGUAGAAGCCUGGGCUUUCCACGACGACGGUUUCUCAGAAGCCACAAAAGACAAAGUAUUCAUAUACCAAACCUCUGCUCAAGACAUCAAAGCAAUACCCCUACACACCCUUGUCAUCUGCGGCAUCUGCGACGAAAACCGCACAGCAACGGAAAUCCACCGCCAACUCAUUGAUAUAGAAAUCCUCAGUCGCGAGACCGAUCAUCUCAAUGCUGCAUCCAUCAAUGGCGCCGCCAUGGCCAGGAAAAUCGUCCUGAUAACACGCCACAAACUCUCCCUUCUGGUUAACUUUCUCUUUUGGUGGGAAGAGGAAAUGGUGCGGUGGGAGAAUCUGGAAGCUAGGAAAGAAAGCUAUGCCCAGCAAUUGGAGGAAGCGCAUCCGGAGGAAAGUGCAGAAGAGAGAGUGGGGAAGGUGGAUGACGCUGUAAGGAUUAUCGAGGGCAUGCAGAGGGAGUUGCCGAGUCAAAGGCAGCAGAGCAAAGAGACUAGUCUGAAUACUACGGGAGGAAGUAGGAGGCAGUGGGAGCUGAUGGAGAUGGAGAGGCGGGUGGCUGAGAGGGAAGGAUCAAGUGAAGAGGCCAUUGAGGAUGAGGGUGGACUGCCUGUAUAUACGCAUGUGUGA